AGGCAGCCCAUCGUCACCGGUACCUCGGUCCUCGGGCUCAAGUACAAGGGCGGCGUCAUGCUCGCCGCCGACAACCUCGCCUCGUACGGCUCGCUCGCACGCUUCAAGGACAUCCGCCGCAUCCACCAGAUUUCGGACUCGACCAUCGUCGGCGCGUCGGGCGACAUGGCCGACUUCCAGCAGGUCAAGCGCAUGCUCGAGGGCCUCAUGACCGACGAGGCCAUCCUCGAGGACGGCCACGAGCUGUCGACCUCGCAGAUCUACGAGUACUUGAGCAACGUCAUGUACGCCCGAAGGAGCAAGUUUGACCCGUACUGGAACGCGCUCCUCGUCGCCGGCCUCGACAAGGGCGAGCCCUUCCUCGCCCACGUCGACCUCCUCGGCGUCACGUACACGUCGCCCUCGAUCGCGACCGGGUUCGGCAUGCACCUCGCGCAGCCGCUCCUGCGCGCUGCGCUCGACAAGCGCGGCGUCGACGGCGAGAAGACGCUCGAGGAGGACGAGGCGCGCAAGAUCCUCGAGAACGCCAUGCGUGUCCUGUUCUACCGCGACGCGAGGAGCCUGAACAAGUUCCAAAUCGCGACCGUGACGGCCGAGGGGGUCAAGAUUGGCGAGCCGCAGGCGGCACCGACCGAGUGGGGGUUCGCCGAGGGCCUGCGAGGAUGUGCGUCCCGCUCUCGCAUCUCUGUUUUUGAUCGAUGCCGCGCAUCGCGAUCCUGA